GAGCGACAGCACAAAAAUAUUUAGCAUAAUUAUCAUAUUUAAUAAUCAAACUUCUACUGGCAGGCCUCUAGUCAAUGUAAUCACGUGAAGGUUUGAAGAGGCAGUUUAAAUCACUUCUUUUGAGAAAAAAGUGAAUACCUUUGCGACUUAGUCCGCAUUACCGUAGAAUCAAGAGGUCCCCUGUAGUCCGCGUUAAUCACUCCGGCACCCAUUACAUUAUCAGGUCUGCCGCAAUUGAAGAAGCAGUAAAGAAACUUUUGCCUGUUAUAGCAAUCAGGAUGUAAGCAUUUCGAUUUACUGAUUUGAUGGUCCAUUCAAUUCACUUGAGAAAACAUUUUCACUUGACCCUUUUAGCUUGUGUUGAAUAGCUUCAAGCAGAAAGCGUAUAGAUUCUACAAAUGAUACAAUCAGAGAGCCAAGAGCCACAGACCCAAGAUUAUAUCGCAUAAGCCGCGUCAUGGAGGAUAAGACAGAAAGAAAAGGAAUUUCUGGAGAUGUUUCACCAUGGGCCAUAAUCACCAACACCUACGGAUGAAAGCACUGACCAAUUUGAAACAAAGCUAAAUUCGCAACCUGCAAGGAAGCGCAACCAGCAAAGCCAUCGCGCCACUUCGUCUUCUCUGCGAAGAGUAAAACCCCGAAGCAGCGACCAUCGUAGAGCGCAGAAACCCAAUCGUGCCGGAAUGUGCUGCACCUGAUCGCCCGUCACCGGCGACGACGGCUGCUGUUGCGGCGGCGACUGAGCCAGCAUCGCCAACGAAAUCGGAGAGUACCCGCUCAUCGUGCGGGCAGCGUUCUCCCUCGGUGGUACCGGCGGCGGAAUUGCAUACAACCGUCAGGGUUUGUUAGAGCUUUGCAAGGCUGGGUUUGCUGCUAGUUUGACCACUCAGGUUUUGAUUGAUAAGUCUUUUCUGCCAUUUGAUCCAUUGAGAAUGUUGAUUCAAUGAGGGUUCACACUGGCGAUUCUAUUACGGUUGCUUCAUGUGAUUGAAAAUUUCUUAUGAAAUUGUCAUUUAAGAGAUCUUCAAAAACACCAGUACGACCAAGGCAUCUAAUAGGACUACUCAAACUAACGACUUUUCUGCUUUUGUAAGACUCAAAUAUUGGAAGGUGUUUGGUGACUUCAAUAUGCAAAAGUAUUUCAAAAUCCACCACAUCAUGGGGCCAUAUGUAUCCAUCGUCAUACUCUCUGCGUCAUUAGGCCAUAUGAGGUCUGACAUCUGAGCAGCGUAACAUGUUGGUAUCAAAAUAAUCUCUGUAAGAGAGCACCUUCCACGAAAGACACUGUAAGAGAGCACCUUCCACGAAGCUUAGUUAGCGUGUAUAUCCGCGUAAGACACUGUAUUUAAUCACACACUGAAUAGAACAAAGCAGUUCAGCCUCCUUAGUUCUAGUAUUGGUUUUUUUAGCAUGGAAAAACAUGGUGAGGAAGAAGAGUUUGCUGGUUUCAGCUACGAUGUGCUCAUUAAUUUUAGAGGUGAAGAUGCUGGGAACAAUUUUGUAGGACAUCUCCGUAGAGAGUUGAGUAAGGAGGGAAUAAACACAAUCGAUGAUGACAGGGAUAUGAGGAUAGGGAAAGGUCUUUCACUUGCUCUGUUCGAGGCCAUUGAAGAAUCUAAUAUUUUCAUAGUUGUGUUUUCUGAGAACUAUGCAUCUUCCACAUGGUGUCUGGAUGAACUUGUUGAGAUUAUGGAACGCACCCACAAGAACAGUAAGCAAGUUGUUUACCCAGUGUUCUACCAUGUAGAUCCUGCAGAUAUACGGAAAAUAAGAAAUAGUUUCGAAAAACACAUGACGGCACACGAAAAUGAGAUUGGAAAAGAGUCGCAGAGAAGAAUACAAGCUUGGAGGUCUGCUUUGUUUGAAGCAGCUAGCUUGCCAGGGAUGCAUAUUCCCACCGGGAAUGAUGAAAACGACAAUAUUAUUGAAAAAAUUGUUGAGAAGAUUCGUAGAAGUAUAGCUCCUAAACCUUUAUAUACCGGUGAAAAUGUUGUUGGACUGAAGCCACGCGUAGAAGAAGUUAUGUCACUUUUGGACAUGAAGCCUGAUGACAACACUGUAAGGAUGUUGGGCAUAUAUGGACUUGGUGGAAUUGGAAAAACGAAACUUGCAAAAGCUUUGUAUGACAAAAUUGUGCACAACUUUGAUGCUGCAUGUUUUCUUGCCGAUGUUAGAGAAAAAUCAAAAACAAUCAAUGGCAUGGAAGAUCUACAAAAGACACUUUUAUCUGAGAUGUUUGAGGAGUUGGAAACUGAAUUGGGAAGUGCAUAUAAAGGAAUCUACGAAAUAAAACGAAAGCUCCACCGGAAGAAACUUCUUUUGGUUCUUGACGACGUUGACGAUAAAGAGGAGUUAGAAAAGUUGGCAGGAGGGUGUGAUUGGUUUGGUCCAGGUAGUAGGAUCAUUAUAACGACAAGGGAAAAAGAUGUCCUAACUGCUCACCAUGUUGGAAAUAUUUAUGAAAUGAAGGAACUUGAUGAACAACAUUCUUUAGAGCUGUUUUGUUGGAAUGCCUUCCGACAAGGUUGUCCUAAAACAGGUUUUCAAGAUGUGUCCGUGCGUGCUGCAGGUUAUGCCAAAGGUGUUCCACUGGCUAUACAAGUGAUAGGCUCUGACUUAGCUAAUCUUCAUGAAGAAAGCUUAGAUGCCUGGGAAGAUGCAUUGGAAGAAUAUGAGAAGACUCCUUCAAAGAAAGAGAUUCAAGAUGUGCUUAAAAUAAGCUACGAUAGAUUGGAUGAUGAUGCCAAACAAGUUUUCUUGGACAUAGCUUGCUUCUUUAAAGGGGAGAGAAUGAAAUAUGUGAAAAAGAUACUUAAGGAAUUUUGUUCAACAUCCAACAUGAAAGUACUUGUCAAUAAAUCACUCAUAACUGUCGAGAAUGACAGGCUGAAGAUGCAUGAUCUAAUACAACAUAUGGGUAGACAGAUUGUUAGGCAGGAAGCACCAGAUAAUCCUGGAGAACGUAGCAGGAUAUGGGAUUACGAAGAUGUUAUUGAAAUACUAACGAAAGAUUCGGGAAGUGAUAAGAUUCAAGGGAUUAAGCUAGAUCCUCCUAAGCAAGCAGAAGUAAAAUGGAGUGGAACUGAGUUUGGGAAAAUGAAAUGGCUCAGAAUUCUCAUUGUUCGAAACACGUCCUUUUCAUCUGAACUUCAACAUUUACCAAAUCAUUUAAGACUACUUGACUGGGACAACUAUCCUUCAAAGUCUUUCCCUACCAAAUUCCAUCCAAAGAAAAUCGUUGUUUUCAAUUUGCCUAGAAGUUCUCUAACAUUCCAAGAGCCAUUCAAGAAAUUUCCAUGCUUGACUAAUAUGGACUUUUCCUAUAACCAACGUAUCCUCGAAAUGCCUGAUGUGUCCGAACUUCAGAAUCUAAGAGAACUGAGACUUGAUCAUUGUAGAAACCUAAUUGCAGUGCAUCAAUCUGUUGGAUUUCUGAAAAGGCUUUCUCAUUUAAGUGUUUCAGAAUGCACAAAACUUGAAAAAUUCCUGUCCAGAAUGUUUCUACCAUCUUUAGAAGUCUUUGAUCUUAAUCUAUGUGAAAGAGUUGGUCACUUCCCAGAGAUAAUACAAGAAAUGACAAAGCCAUUGAAGAUUUAUAUGAUAAAUACGGGUAUUCAAGAGCUUCCAGAAUCUAUUAGUAAACUUAUUGGGCUUGUUUUUAUAGACAUAUCGAAUAACAGGCAACUUAAAUAUCUGCCAAGCAGCUUAUUCAUGUUGCCAAAUGUUGAUUCCUUCAAAAUCGAAGCUUGUUCGAAACUUGGACAAUCCUUCAGAAGUUUGGUGCAACACCCUUCAAAAGUCAAUGUUCGUCCAAAAUUACGAUCACUGAAUUUCCAAAAGGAUAACUUAUCUGAUGAAGAUCUUCUUGCGAUUCUUUGCUACUUUCCGAAAUUAGAAGAAUUGAUUGUUUCAGAGAACAAUUUUGUAUAUAUCCCUUCAUGCAUCAAUGAAUGUGGUGACUUGACAAGUCUCGAUUUGAAUGGAUGUAAGAAGCUUAAAAAAAUUCCAGAACUCACUGGCUUGAGAAUUCUUGAUGUUCAUCAUUGUUUCUACCUUGAAGAAAUUUCAGAGUUGCCGUCUACUGUUCGGAAAGUAGAUGCAAGAUUUUGUUCCAAGUUAACAAACGAGACAUCAGACAUGCUAUGGUGUCAGGUGAAGAAAGGGGAUGGUGGAAUUGAAAUAGUGAUGCCACUUAUAACUGAGAUUCCAGCAUGGUUUAAUUUUGUGGAGGUCGGAACGAAUCCAGGUUUCUGGGUUCGUGGCAAGUUCCCAAACAUUGUUCUAGCCAUGAUCUUCCACUUCGAAAAUCAGAGUCAAAGCGACGAAUUUGCUCGUCGUCGCCAUGUUGAUCUGCGUUUAGUUAUCAACGGUCGAAAUGCUUUUGGCAAAGGGUAUCACAACUUUAUAAUUGAAGCAGAACACGUGUUGAUCUGUGAUCUACGAGUUUUGUUCAGUGAGAAGGAGUGGUUUGGCCUUGAUGCACUUCUGGAGAAGGAGUGGAAUGUGGUGCAGGUUGAGUAUGAAGCCACUUCGUCCUUGAUGAUAAGUAGUUGGGGAGCGUUUGUGUAUGAAGAAGGAAGCAAUAUGGAAGAUCUCCUAUUCAAUUGUCCCAAUCACAUGGACUCGGAGAAGAUGCCACCGGCAAUAGUUGCUGAGAAAGAUCCUAUGGAGAAAUAUAAAAAGAGGAUACGGGAGCUACGUCUAGACGAAACAUUUAAGAACACGUUGACGGAAUGGCAGGAGAACAAAGAAAGAGGAGUGAGGUGUCAUGACGAUUGCAUGCGUGUGGCAUUGGGACAAAUAAAGAAGAUAUCAGAGGAUGCUGAGGAUGCAUUGAGUUCAAAAGGGUCAGCUUUAGAAGAUCCAAACUCCUACCUGAGGUGGCUUCUAGAUACGAUGGAAAAUGAUGAUGGAAAGCCUAAAGAGAUUAUCAAAGGUGAUCUGGCGUUGGUAAGACUAGAGAAACCAGUGACAGGGAAGAAGAAGGAUAACGUAGGAGAAGCUUCAAGCUCUGGCCAUCAGGAAAGCAAGGAGGAGGAAGAAGGCUACGAUCCUCAACUGGAUAUCCCUUUUUAUACUAAUUUUGUCAGAAAACAAACAGUAGACGAUUCUCUGCCGGAGGACAUAGUGAUGGAAUUAUUCUGUGAAGGAAUGAGGGAUGGACUUGUUGAGGCACAGAAUGAAUUUCCUUCUCUUGAUAUUGCUGAAAGCAGUAACGCUGUGUUGGAGAAGAAGGGUUAUAAGGUUAGAUGGGAACCUGAAGUAGAAAUAUCGGUUCAAAGUAGGAUAUACAUGACUGGAAUUUACUCUGGACUCAAAGAAGCAAAGCUGAGGUUUCCCGAUUUGGACAUGUGGGCAACAAUAAAUACUGUGGCAAAAAGGAAAGGGAUCGAAGGAUUUUUUGUACCUCCUUCUGAGGACCCUCUGAUGCAAACAUUCAUGAGGAUGAAGCAGCAAAGUAAUUUUGAAGGCGAGGUGAUGAGUAAACUGUUCUGGAAGUUGAAGGAGGAACACCAAACUCUGCGCAACAAAUUUGCACGACUUGAUGACGGAAAUGAAAAUGAAUAUGAUGAGUGUGUUGAGAAGAGAGAAGAGAAGCGUGAUGUUGUGCGAAAGUAUGAAGAGAUAAGUGGUGUUUUGAGAGGAAGAGGUGAAGAAAUAGAGAGGCUGUACGAAGCUGGGGUUGAAGGAUUCAAGAAAUCAGAAGAGUUUGAAGAUGUGAUGGGUGCAAUAUACUUGAAUGGACUGAGGGCAGGAAUCCUCGAAGCACAUGCUCUCUUACUUAAUCUCCUUACUCUGCACAGAAACUGAGCAACGUCUCACUGCAGAGGUUGCUAAUAAUAAAAACAUUGCCUACAAUGUUUAUUUAAGAUCAUAUGUAAAGUGAUGUCGUCAGUGGGAUUGUACUCUUUCUGCGUCAA